GACACACAACAUGGCGGACUAGAGUCGUCAGCCGACGCGCCCGGAUACAGCGGAUAAACCGUGGGAUUUAGCACCCAGGAAGGCGAAGAAAGUACUCUCGGAAGGGCUGCUACGUUUGGUCGAAGUGAGGAUUCUUAGUGGGCUGCCGUUCUUCCCUGGGUUCGGCAGGAAAACUGACUGCGAAGUGUUGGCAGUGUGUCCCAGAUCGUGCUUCCCUCCUCUGCUAUCACCCAGGUCCCCCCCCCCCAUCCCCACCCCGCUCUCACUCUCUGUUCGUGGGGUGUGGAGACAGGGGCCGGGGUUGAAAAAAAAAACGUGGAAGAGAAAGAGAGCACAGAUUCCUCCUUGGCUGUUUCCCCACCUUUCCUCUGGGCCCUACAGGAGUUGUGGACCAAGCUUUGCGAAUGAGUGAUUGAUGCCAACUUCGCUUCUUCAGGGCAGAAUGGGUGUGUAUCCCCUGCUCCUGCUGAUCGGUCUAGCCCUCGGGGCGUCAGGCCAGGAUGAUGUCCCCAUCACAAGUCCUCCUAACAUUACUGUGAUUCCUACAGACCCCCCUGUGGCACCAUCCCUCAACUUCACUCUCGCACCCACACAAGCCACCACCGGCCCACCCACAACUCUCAGCCCAUCAGUCAUCCCAGUGACCACAAUGGUGCAGCAGCAGCAGCAGCAGCAGCAGGCAACCACCACCACUACAAGCCCCGUUGUUGAGGAGGAUGUUGAACCUGCAGGUCCGAAUGCCACUGGACGGCUGUUACCAGCUGUCCCCCCCCCACCUCAGGCACCGACCGAUGCCUUUCAGGAACCACCGAGCUCCCAGACCCCCUCUCCUUUCAACCCAGCAGAAGGAGACAACAGGACCACGGCUCUCCCUCCAGGCACCCCAACUCCAGAUACUUAUAGUGAUGAGGAUAUAUUAACUGAGGAGACAGAGACCACCACAGAACCUCGGAUGGAGUUCCCCUCCGACACCAGCCCACAUGACAACAACCCGUCUGAUGACAUGCCGAUCAUAGCUGUCAUGGUGGCCCUGUCCUCCUUGCUGGUCAUUAUCUUCAUCAUCAUUAUCCUCUACAUGCUCAGGUUUAAAAAGUACAAGCAGGCAGGGAGCCAUUCAAACUCCUUCCGGCUGACCAACGGGAGAUCAGAUGAUACAGAACUCCAGAGCGUCCCGCUAUUGGCCCGUUCGCCCAGCACAAACAGGAAGUACCCGCCUCUUCCUGUCGACAAGCUGGAGGAAGAAAUGAACCGCCGCAUGGCCGAUGACAACAAGCUCUUCAGGGAGGAGUUUAAUUCGCUGCCAGUCUGCCCCAUCCAGGCAUCAUGUGACGCUGCCUCCAAGGAGGAGAAUAAAGAAAAGAACAGAUAUGUCAACAUCCUGCCAUAUGAUCACUCCAGGGUGCAUCUUUCAUCUCUGGAAGGAGUUCCCGACUCUGACUUCAUCAACGCCUCCUUUAUUAAUGGUUACCAAGAGAAGAACAAAUUCAUCGCAGCUCAAGGGCCGAAGGAGGAAACGGUAAACGACUACUGGCGGAUGAUAUGGGAGCAAAACACAGCAACCAUUGUCAUGGUGACCAAUCUGAAGGAGAGGAAAGAGUGUAAGUGUGCCCAGUACUGGCCGGACCAGGGCUGUUGGACAUACGGGAACAUCCGCGUGUCUGUAGAGGACACAAUGGUUCUAGUGGACUACACCAUCCGCAAGUUUUGCAUUCAACAGGUUGGAGACGUGUCUGGGAAGAAGCCUCAGAGACUCGUCACUCAGUUCCACUUCACCAGCUGGCCAGACUUCGGGGUGCCCUUCACACCGAUCGGGAUGCUCAAGUUCCUCAAGAAGGUCAAGAAUUACAACCCUCAGUAUGCCGGGCCAAUCGUGGUCCACUGUAGUGCAGGCGUGGGGAGGACAGGAACGUUCAUCGUGAUCGACGCCAUGUUGGACAUGAUGAUGUCUGAGAGGAAGGUGGACGUGUUUGGCUUCGUCACCAGGAUCAGAGCCCAGCGCUGUCAAAUGGUUCAGACUGAUAUGCAGUACGUGUUCAUUUUCCAGGCGUUGUUAGAGCACUACCUGUACGGAGACACAGAGCUGGAGGUGACCUCUCUGGAAUCCCACCUGGCAAAACUCUACGCCCCCUCCCCUGGAGCUGGCUGCAGCGGUCUGGAGGCUGAAUUCAAGAAGCUGACAUCGAUCAAGAUUCAGAAUGACAAGAUGAGAACAGGCAACCUGCCCGCCAACAUGAAGAAGAACAGAGUCCUACAGAUCAUUCCAUAUGAGUUUAACAGAGUGAUCAUUCCAGUCAAACGAGGAGAGGAGAACACCGACUACGUCAAUGCCUCAUUCAUUGAUGGUUACCGUCAAAAAGACUCGUACAUGGCAAGUCAGGGCCCCCUGCAGCACACCAUUGAGGAUUUCUGGAGGAUGAUCUGGGAGUGGAGGAGCUGCUCCAUCGUCAUGCUCACCGAGCUGGAGGAGAGAGGCCAGGAAAAGUGUGCUCAGUAUUGGCCCAGUGAUGGAGUGGUGGUCCACGGGGACAUCGCCAUCGAGAUAAAAAGGGAGGAGGAGAGUGAGAGCUACACGGUGCGGGACCUGCUGGUCACCAACAACAGGGAGAACAAGGCUCGAGCGGUGCGCCUGUUCCAUUUCCACGGCUGGCCAGAGGUGGGUAUCCCCACUGAUGGUAAAGGAAUGAUCAACAUAAUUGCUGCUGUGCAGAAACAGCAGCAGCAGUCUGGCAACCACCCCAUCACAGUGCACUGCAGUGCUGGUGCUGGCCGGACAGGGACUUUCUGUGCGUUGAGUACAGUCCUGGAGAGGGUGAAAGCAGAGGGCAUCCUGGAUGUCUUCCAGACAGUCAAGAGCCUCAGACUGCAGAGACCACACAUGGUGCAGACACUGGAGCAGUACGAGUUCUGCUACAAAGUGGUCCAGGAGUAUAUCGAUGCCUUUUCUGACUACGCCAACUUCAAGUAGCCACCUGCCGUGGAUGGAUGGAUGUCCAGAUACACUUCUUACAAAACAUGCACUCACCAGAACACAGUCAGACGCACACACACAUUACCGUGCAGGAAGCUGCAUGUUACCAUCGGAUGGAUUUUUUUACCUUCCCUUUUUUCUGAUGGAAAAGACUCGUAACAACAUGAUCUGUAGAUGAGACGAACUGCCCGGAGAGGAAAAGGGAACAGAGGCCUCGGCCCGGAGGAGGACAGGGCAGCGCAGUCGGACGGAGAAAAUAACUGAGAUGCCUUCUUGAAUAUUUUGUAAUAUUGGUCUUGUUAAUACAGCCCUUCUCCCUAUUUUCCUCCCACCUCUCCCUCACCCCCCAACAUGUAUAUACACUUACUGUGUUGCAUCUUCUUACUUUGGUUUCAGACACGGUUUUGAGUUUGGCUGCAUAUUCGGGUGGCACCUGUAAUGUAUUUUAUUGGUAUAUACAUAUAAAUAUAUAAAUAUAUAUGAAUAUAAAUCUAGUGCUUUGGAGGCUAAUGU